AUGUUGACAGAAAAUAAACGAAACUUACCACCACCAUCAGAAAAUCCGGUCGCUCGUGGUCGCUUCAAGUCGACAGAUCUAGGUGGUCGAACCGGUCGGACGGUAGGCUCUGAAGGUCUCGGUCGAAAACCGAAAUUGGCCGUCGGGCCCACUCUAUUGGGGAAGCGCACCGGACCGCUUGAAUACACUAUUUGUGAACUGGAACGAACUCGCCCAUAA